AGAUACAUGCUUUGAACAUCUUCUUCAUCCUCAUAAGACCACUGCAAAGUAAAAAGCUUUUUUGAUCGUUUCUUCAUCAUCUUCGUACUUUAUCUGUUUCUCUAUCUCUUCUCUGUUUCUCUCUCCACCGGAGCUUUCUCUCUAUCUGGGGAUGGAGUCGACAGCGGCUCGAAAAUCCCUCCGGCGGCCGAGAUGGCAGUACCCACCAUCGACGAGGAUCAUCCAGUUGCCUCGAAGACCAUCUGUUCGAGGAAAGUCCUCAAACAGCGAGAGAAGACGAAUGAUGGUGGAGAAUCAGUUUUUCGAUCUGGAGAGCUCGUUUGGAGGGAACCAUCGCGGCGGAGGAGCUGCUUCGGCCUUUUCGGCGGCGGAGGAGCAGGAGAAAUGGAGGGUUGAAGCGGAUAUGCUGAGAGCAGAGUGUUAUAUGUUGAGGGCUGAGAAGGAAAUGGCGACGAAGAAGGUGGAGAAGAAAAUGGAGAGGAUCGAGAGGACUUUGCGUUCAGCGGUUCACGUUCUUCUCGCGGGAAGAGAAAGGAUUUCAGAAGGAGAUGAUGUGAGCAUUGUCUUGGAGGAAGAGAUAGAUCAUUUGGUCCGGAAACUACAAAAGCUAAGAGGGAAAGCAGAAGCUAAGGAUUCCGAAGCCAAGAAUGGAAACAAUUUAAACAAACAAGCUUCUUUCCCCAAGAGAAGGCUCGAGAGAUUGGAUGGAACAUCCAGUGAAAUUUGCCUGAGGGACACUCGGGAGAUGGCCGAAGCAAUUUUGUCAGUUAAACCAAAUCAACGUCUGAACAGAAGUUGCGUUUCUGACUGUGACACCAACCAGAUGGAGAUUUUAAGAAAGAGAAUGGAGGCAUUGUCGAAAGGGCAUCUCUUGGAAAGAAUGGAAAAGGAAUAUGGUUCAAUGAUUUCUCCGGCGAACAGUUCUGUUACUUGCUCAGCUUCUAGCUCUAUGCGUUUUCCGACUCAUGACGUGAUGCCACAAAUUGCACUUAAGGAAAUGUGGGCUCACCGGGAGAAAUCAUGUUCGGGGCAUUGCAAGGCGAUAGUGAAAAAUCUGGUGGAGCAAGUUAAGAUCGAGACAGAACAGUGGUCUCAAAUGCAAGAGAUGCUUCACCAGGUCAAGGAUGAGAUGGAGGAGUUGCAGACUGCCAAAAACUACUGGGAGGAUCGAGCAUUUGAUUCAGAACGUCUAAUCCAGUCGCUACAUUUAUCGGUGAAGGACUGGAAAGAAAAAGCUGCUCUUUAUGAGAAGAAAACGAAUGAGCUACAAGGAGAAGUAUCGGUCCUCAAAGAGGUGAUCAAGAAGACGGAAAAUGGCUUGAACCCGGAAACAAAGGAACAGAAACCGGCAGAGAAAGUCCCGAAAGAACCUCGUACCGAAACGAUAUUAGGCAUUCUUGUGCGUCGGUUAAAGGAAAAUCCUCGCAUCUCUAAUGAUCACGGGUUGAAACAGAAGGAUAAAUCCGGAGAAAGGAGAAGGGAAACUGUGGAUCCGAAAAGAUUGCCUUUGAGAGACGUCGGGAACGAUUCUCGGGUCAUUGGUCAGAGAAGUAAGCUUAGUUCUCCUUCCUCCUCAGUGCAGUCAUAUGCAGAGACUCUUCUUAGAUAGUGAUUCUUCAUGUUUUGUUUGUCUUUGAAAGUUUUGUCUUGAGAGCAUAUGUGUUUGUUCAGAGAAUCUGAUAAAACCAGUGGAAAAUAAGCAAAAAGAUCGCAACUUUUGGAUACAA